GCGUUACAUGACUUGCCUCUGGCAACCCGAAAUAGAUGCCUCUAUGGUGUCGUCGUCCGAGAGCGUCAAUGUUCCGUAACGGGGCCGAACGCUGUUGCGAUGCUACGUAGAUGCAUGCUGUCGAUAUCUGCUCGGGCUCAGGCCAGGGUACUCUCGGUUUCGCCAGUCCGCCCGGCUCGGUGCGCUCGAACGCAUGCGCUGCUAUUGACGCCAGUCACAGCACCAAGACACAAGCUAGACCGGGUAUCUUGCGACCAGUGCAUACGCAUCCAGCGACACACGACACACGACAACAUUUGGCAUCCGAUAACUCGCCAAUCCAAUAAUCCGCCCGCCAAUAUUCCCUCCCUCUCGUCGUUCCUCCUCCCCUCUCUCCCUAGCCGGUCAACGCCCUCCCUAUCGUUUCCGUUGCGUCAAUCGACAGUCCACGUUCAAAGCUCCGCGCCUUGCCGCCACCUAUCGAUCAGCACAAUUCCGUUCCUUCGCCUAUCGUCUGCCUCUCUCAUUUGUCUUUCCCCUCUCCGACCUUUUCUUUUUUUUUAUUGCCUUUAUUACCUCGUUCUCUCCUCGCUUCAAACAACCGCACCGGCACCGAUAUAGCGUCCCGAAUGCUCGAGAUUCCACGGUGACUGACGGAAACGUCCCCCCCAGUCGAAUUCUAUAAAACCCCCCCCCCAGCGCCACACCAAAACUGAUCACUGCACCACCCGAUAUUUUUUCCCGCACCGAACCCAACAUGACGAACCUCGACGGCAUCGUGAUAGGGAUUUUAUCGUCCUUUGGCUCCGCCAUCCUCAUAGCUCUAAUCUUCCUCGUCGUCUACUUUUUCCGGUACACAACCUCCGGUCGCAUCUUCCUCGAUCGGAUCGG